GUCCCGUGAUUUUUUGUUUGUUCCUCUUUCUCGUUUAUCAAACAGUGAGGACUUUUGGUUACCUGUUAUCUCGCCUGUUACACCUUUCACGGGCUUUUAAAUCUUCAGAAGUAAGUACUUUAGAGAGAUGGCAGCAAGACCUGGAGCUGUUCAACGUCCAAAUGGUAUUCCAAGAGAAAAGAUAUGUCAGUUCAAGCUUGUACUAUUAGGAGAAUCUGCUGUUGGUAAAUCCAGUUUAGUAUUAAGAUUUGUAAAAGGACAGUUUCAUGAGUAUCAAGAGAGUACUAUUGGAGCUGCUUUUUUAACUCAGACGGUAAAUCUUGAUGACACGACUGUUAAAUUUGAAAUCUGGGACACUGCUGGUCAGGAAAGAUAUCACAGUUUAGCUCCCAUGUACUAUCGGGGAGCUCAGGCUGCUAUUGUCGUCUAUGAUAUUACCAAUCAAGACACAUUUGCAAGGGCAAAGAAUUGGGUAAAGGAGUUACAACGUCAAGCAAGUCCUAAUAUAGUUAUUGCUUUAGCAGGCAAUAAGGCAGAUCUGGCUAGUAAACGGAUGGUGGAAUAUGAUGAUGCUCAAGCAUAUGCUGAGGAGAAUAGUUUGCUUUUUAUGGAAACUUCCGCAAAAACUGCAAUGAACGUCAAUGAAAUCUUUUUAGCGAUUGCCAAGAAACUGCCAAAGACAGAUCCUGGACAACAACGUGUUGGUUCACAAUCAGGUGGUCGGGGUCGUGUGGUGGACAUUGAGAAGGAUACGAACAGUGGUGGCGGAGGAGGCUGCUGCUCAAAGUCUUAAUGUGUUUCUACUGUUCUGUGCUUGCAUAUACCACUCUGUGUUAAUGUUUCUGAUGUUAUAAUCUUAGGAAAGCGCUAUGGCAAUAUUAUUAAACUAAUUAUUUUGUGAGUGUCAUAAUGUAAUUGUCUGUUCAACCAGCACUAAUUGUAGUAUAUUUCAAGAUUAUUUAAAAUGCUGUUUUUGUACUAUGUCUUUGUAUUAUAAAAGUCAUCGUCUCUAUGGUAA